AUGGCUCACAAAUUAUGUUUUGAAGCACUUGAUCAAAGUCUAAGAGAUGUUAUUAAGGCAAAAUCAAGUUCUGAUAAAAUCUUUGGUGGUAAAGUUAUGGUAUUUGGUGGAGAUUUUCGGCAGAUUCUGCCAGUCAUUCCUAGGGGUAGCCGGUCUGACAUUGUUAAUGCAACUAUAAAUUCAUCUUAUCUAUGGAAUCAUUGCCAUGUUUUGACACUGUCGAAAAACAUGCAUUUAGAAGCCAAUAUAGAUGCAACAGACAGAGAAGAAACUUCAGCUUCUGCACAGUGGAUCCUUGAUAUUGGUGAUGGGAUUGUUGGGCAGCAAAAUGAUGGUUAUGGUUCAAUUGAAAUUCCAAAAGAUCUAUUAAUCACAAAAUAUGAUGACCCACUAUAUGCAAUUGUUAAUUCUACAUUUCCAAAUUUAUCUCACCAUCAUAACAAUCCUGAAUACUUUCAAUCUACAGCGAUAUUAGCUUCCACAAAUGAAAUCGUACAACAAGUUAAUGAUUAUAUACUAUCAUUGAUCCCAGUGCAUGGAGGUGAAUGUUGGACGGUGAAGCUGAUAUGUGGGAUUUACACCCAUGAAUUGGCGAAGACCUUAGUUGGACAUCCAUAUGUUGGGAGAUUGACAGAUGAUGAGAAGAAUAUCAUUGUUGAUAUGACGAAGUCGAAUGUGAAACCAAGAAAUAUCCUGCUAACGUUGAAAGAGCACAACGCCAACAGUUGCACCACAAUCAAACAAAUCUACAAUGCAAGAAACAGUACCUACAAAACAAAUAGGUACAGGCUCCCAUUGCUUGACUUUGUGGGGGUGACACCAACCGGGAUGACUUUCUCUGUUGGGUUUGCAUAUCUAGAGGGUGAGCGCGUGAACAAUCUUGUAUGGACAUUGGAACGGUUUCACAUAGACAAGAAUGUGAAGGAAAAGUGCAAAUCGCUAAUUGGUCAGAAGAAUGUCUGGGACUAUGUAAUGGAUAGCUGGGAUAACCUGGUAGAUUGUCCUUCGGAACAGGAGUUCACUGAGCACCUUCAAAGCUUUCAAGUAGCGUGUUCCCCGUAG